AGGGUCACAGAUCAUCUUCCACUUCUCUCCUUUUACCAUCUCUGCCUACAAACAGAAAAACCUACAGAGGCGAAAUGGAAAAACAUCCAAAGAACAUCAUCUGACUCGGUCUGUAGACGUCGGUUUCUGGAUGAGCUUUGGGACUUCAACUCCUCAAGCUGGAUUUCCCUUCUUUGGGCUUAUUUCUUAGUCACAUUUUAUGAUUUUAAUCAGCAUUUUUUUUGGGCUGUUUUAGUGUUUUUUUAAAUUUUUUUAAAUACUACACGUGUUCGGGACGUCAAUGGCAGUUGGUGUGCUUGACUCACAAACAAAAAGCUCCUUAAACGGGAGCACAUUGUUUGACCGUGGCUCUUUGAAAGAGCAGGAACUUCCACCUCCCCUCCGGAGCUACCUUUGUUUGACCAUGUUGGCGUGCUUCUGUCCGGCAUACCCUGUCAACAUAGUGGCCCUGGUCUUCUCUGUCAUGUCUAGAAACAGUUACUAUCAAGGUGACUACGAUGGCUCCAGGAGGCUGGGCAGGAGCGCCUUAUACGUCGCCAUGGCAUCAAUCAUCAUCGGCCUUCUCGUCAUCGCCAUCACCUGCAUCGUUCAUUUCACCACAAUGGAUCAUUAGCACUGAGAGGAAGGGAGAAUAAAUAUGAGACAAAGCAACAGAAACCGCUGGAGGAUGGUAUCUGGACCGGCUCGUGUUACUUUCCCCCCGUUGACGGGAAAUGACUCAUUUUUACUGCUUUCUAUAACUCAUUCCCCCCCCCCCCAUCUUUCCUCUUUUCAUUUGAACAAUCAAUAUAAAUGUGAUAUAUUUCUACGCUAGAUACCCCACUUGAUUUCUACUCAAAUGUAGAUUUCUAGAAGCAACGGAAAUCUAAGAAUUUUAGUUUCUACCAGGCUAAGACAGUGGCGUAUCUUUUCCUACAUUAAGCACAAAUUCAGUCUGAAGACAGUGCUCUAACCUAUAGCUAGUUUCUUGAAGUCAUUCCUUGACUUUAAAAAGAUCAACAUUUAUCUGCUCUACCCAAACAGAAUGCUCUGUUGUGUUUCCUAUUUUGAAGAGAGCCAGAAAGUCAUGUAUUAUUUAUUAAUAGUCCUUUUUGACACUCUAAUUAUCCUAAAAGAAAAAUCCACUUCCAUUUGUGCCAAGGAUUAUUGUCCUGGAGACUUAGCAUAGUAAGUACAGUACACCAAUGAAUUGGAGGACUUUUUCUGAAAACUGCAGUAUGAAAUUAUACUCCUGCACUUAUGGUUGAAUUUAUUUUAAGGCUUUUUACACAUCUUUACCUGAGGUACCAAUGAUUAUGGAGGUCUCUGUAUUUGAGUGUGUUGAUAUUUCAAGGUAAAUAACUUUUCUUGAUAAAGUAUGACUUUCUCUAUAACAAAAAUAUGUAUUUUCAGCAAAAACCUUUGUUUACUUUCAACUUAUUCAAAUACACCAUGCCAUUAAAAAAGAAUUUGCACUCUAAUACAUUUCUUGUUUUUGAUCAAACCUGAUGUUGCAGAUGAUCACGCAUAUUUUAACAUCUGACAAAGACAUCCUGUCAGAUCCUGGAUUGUUUUGUUUUGGGGUCUGAUUUUAGUUUCAAUAUUCUGUGUUCCUUAGUCUCUUUGUUUAAUUAGUUU